AUGACCCCUUACAUCACGAGCGGGUUUUCCCAUCAUUCAUUGAUUCCGAUUAUCUCUCAGAUUGCUUUCAUCAUUCUGGGCAUUGUUUCACUCGCCAUGUCUCGAUUAAUUGAUGUGUGGGGGCUCUCCCAGGGACUGGGUCUUAUGGUUCUGUUCGGUUUCUUGGCUUUAUUACUCAUGAUAUUCUGCCAAAACGUGGGCACGUACGCAGCUGCAGUGGUCAUCUACGAAAUCGGCUACGGUGGCAUACUAUACACUCUGCUUGUUUUUGUAACAGCAAAUGCCAGACUCAAGUACCGCCCACUAGCCAUUGCAGGCACCAAGGUUCCAUAUAUCAUCACAACAUUUGCUGGACCGAGCGUAGCCGAAAAAUUCUACACCCGUGGCCUCAUUAAGUGGGCGUUCGGCACCUUUGCGAUCAUUGUACCGGUAAUCGGAGGCCUGAUGGUCGGUGGGCUUUGGCAUUACCAACGCUCAGCAAAUCGCGCACUGCCGGCGGUCCGGGUAAAGGCUCGCCAGAAAGGAAAUCACUUCCUACGUGCUUUGUUCAACUACCUGAAAGACUUUGACGUCAUCGGAAUUGCCAUCGCAUGUGCGGGCCUAACGACCUUCCUUCUACCGUUCAAUCUUGCGGCGUCAGGAAUAAAUGGCUGGAGAAGUGUGUCCAUUAUCUCCAUGAUCGUGGUUGGAGCGUUCCUUCUCGUCGUUCUGGUGCUAUACGAGUACUUUGUCGCACCAAAGAAGUUUCUCCCUUUCGAGCUGCUUGGAGACCGUGUUGUGUGGGGAGCAUGCUUGAGCAUCUGCGGCGUCUACAUGAGUUUGUUCUGCUGGUUCUCGUACUUUACCUCGCAGCUCCAGGUCGUACACAACAUGAGCAUUAGUGAGGCAGGAUACUUGGCAAACACAAAUUAUGUUGGAGGAGGUGCUGCGGCUCUUGCCACUGGUUUAGCUAUGCACUAUAUCGGCCGUGCUAGAGUUACCACACUGGUGGCGUUGACAGUCUACACCUUCGGCACUGGAAUGAUGAUACACUUCUCGUCCUCACUAUCAUCUUCGAGUGUCGGCGGUAUUAUCGCGUCCCAAGUUUUGAUAUCCCUUGCAUCAGGGACACAUUCAGUGAGCUCAAACGUUGGGAUCCUGGACGGAGCAUCGCCAUCCACGGUAUCCAUGCGGCUCGCGCUGGCUUACCUAUCAAGCAUGAUUGGUGCGUCUAUCGCGCUUGCGAUUUCAGGCGCAAUAUGGACGAACACUCUGCCCAGUCGCCUGACCGCAAACCUGGCUGGAUUAGGCCUGUCUACCGAGGAUAAAGCUUCGAUCUACGGCUCCUUGAUUGUUCAGAUCUCGUACGAAGUUGGAAGCCCGGUUCGAGACGCUAUCGAUCAUUCGUAUAGGGAAGUCUUCAAGUUGAUGAUGAUCGCUGCCACGGCCUCAACUACUGUGGGGUGGAUCGGCGCGUUAAUGCUACGAGAUGUUACGCCUAGAGACCGGGAUGCCGAGGAGGGUUAG